GUUAGGUGCCCUUCUGGUCUGCGCUGCUCUACAGGAAGCCCCCUUUCCCCCCUGCAAUGAACCUUCCCCGUCGCCAUGCGGCAAGCGCUGCCCCCUGGCGGGAGCGAGCAUCGAAGGAACUACUGUGCCGUGGACUGGCUUGAGGGGUAGUUUCCUUUCUUUGCUCUCCUGCGCUUCAUUCGAGUUCAGUGCCAAUUUGGGAGUUUUAGUUUGAGGCUGGCCGGCGGGCAGGCAAACAGGUGUAGCAGAGUUCGGUACUUCCUCCUCCUCCUCCUUCCAGCUAGAGCAGGAAUCUGCCAGUACAAGAAGCAGAGAGCAAAAGUUCAGCCCGGCAGCACAUUUCCUUGUCCGUCAUCGCGUGCAGAUUGUAGGGAAGGACUCCUUGGGAAGCCCCAGCAGGACCUAGUGAAGAAGAUGCGGGUGGGCUGCAACAAUUUUAUGAAGUUAGGAGGGCUUCUCUUAGCAUCCGUCUGUGCCUGGUACUUAGGAUCCCUCUUUGCUUAUGUCAUACCUGAAGAUUCACUAUCAACAGCCUUUGACAAUCUUCAGAAUCUUGGAGAAAGACCAAAACUUAAAGCUCCACCCCCCAAAAGACAGAAAUGUGAUCACUGGUCUCCAUGUCCAUUUGGGAGUUAUGCUUAUCGCUUACUCAGUGGUGGCGGCAAGCAGAAGACUGCCAAAAUCUGUUUUGAAGAUGAACUACUCAUAAGUGAAGAAAAGCAAAACGUUGGAAGAGGAAUAAAUAUUGCCAUUGUGGACUAUAAGUCUGGAAAGACUGUUGCCACAAAAUAUUUUGACAUGUGGGAAGGAGAUUUCUCCAAGCCAAUGGCUGAUUUCAUCAAAAAUGCUCCCCAAAAAUCACUGCUCAUGAUGGUAACUCAUGAUGAUGGAAGCACCAAGUUAAAGGAGGAUGCGAAAAAGGCAAUAGCAGACCUAGGCAGUACAGAAAUACGGAAUAUGAAAUUCAGGUCAAGCUGGGCUUUCAUAGCUGCAAAAGGGUUCAAGUUGCCAGAAGGAAUACAAAAAGAAAAGAUCAACCAUUCUGACAGGAAUAACAACCGAUACGGUGACUGGCCAGCUGAAAUCCAGAUAGAAGGCUGUAUUCCACAAAACCUAAUAAGCUAAAUUUGAAAAUGAAGCUCUUUUGGCAAAAGUCAUGUGCUCCAUUUCUAACUCCUAUUCUCAUUAAGGAUUGUUUGCCAUAAGUUGUGAUGUCUAAAGCUAUGGAUGAAAAUAUCCACAUUUUACAUUUAACAUGAUGAGUUUGAACCCAUAGAUAGGUUCAACAGUACGGUAUGGCAGUCCCCGUAGUAAAUAGUUUCAUUUAUGGGUCUUCAAGAUUAAAAAAAUGUGUUUUCUGUUAAUGGAUUGUGCUGUUUAUUAGAAAGAACCCAUUAGAACUUGGCUUUAAUAUAACAGGAUUAUUGGAAGCAGUAAAAUGCCAUACACACAUGUUUUUGUGUUAACAAGUUGUUUCUAUGCGUGUGCUUAAUAUAGUUGAACUAGCAGCCAGAUUUUUGACUAGCAGCCAAAGAUUAUAUUGGCAAUGCAGCUUUUUAAAUCAUCCCAUGUUCUCCUCCUCACAAACUUUUCUUCUUUUCAUUGAAAUAUUUUCCAGCCAAAGUUAACUAUGAAGCUAGUAGUUUCAUGGUUAACAGAAUUUAUACUUGAAUGUAUAUGUAUUUAUUAGUUGAACUACUCUGGAAGCAAUAAAAGGUUUUCAUAUUUAAACACAA